AUGCUUGAAAUUGAGAAAACUUGGAUUGAACUCUGUGCAGUUCAUAUUGGUAAUAUUCAUCAAGCGGAAUGCAAGUCCCUGUUGUGGACGACUACCUUCUCACUUGUUGAUAACAGAUUACUGAUAGUGAUAAAUUUCAAGUUUGCGGCUGGUGCAAUCAAGGCCAUACUGUCAACACCACCUGACGAGCAACGGUGUAUUCGCAAUGAAGUGACCAAAGCAGUGGCCAGAGAGGCUGACUAUUGUCUCAGAAAGAAAAUCCCCGACUUUGCUGGAGUUCCUGAAAUUCCGGACCUCGAAGAAGGAUCCUACGAAUAUAAGGAGAACGUUAUCAGUUCAGUGUCUGACUACAUCCUUGUGCACAGUCGACUGGCGUUUUGUUCAGAGCGAAAGCCGGCCCGUGCUGCGGCCACUAGGAAAUGCCUCAAAAAUCCAUUUGUUGGGUACAUGGCAAAGCACUGUGAAGUCCUUCACAAAUGCACUGAAUUAGUUUCGGCCGGUUGUACGGCUAAAAUCAAACAGACCAAGAGGGCAACGUGCGAUUGCGUUGAAGAAACUCGUACGGAUCUGAAAAAGCGAAUUUCGAGCAUCGCCGGAGCGAUCAAGAGUGCAGUAGAGGGUAACGCUCGUGGAGCUCCUGCGAUUGGUUCGGGCAGCAAAGUCGACACGUGUGUCGCCAAUAUUAAGACUCAUAUGAUAACACCAGUGAAUGAUUGGGUGACUGUGAUCGAUUCAGCCUUAGGCGCGUGCAUCAAAAAUAAGCCAGCUGGCCAAAGCCUUGGAAUGGACUCAUUGCUGAAUGUUGGUUGCAGAAAGGUAAAAUUCAUAAAGCCUUUCAAUGAACAGGUGAUCGCUGAUACAACCGGAACAGCAGCCACACAACUGAAGGCCGGAUUCGAUUUCAUCAAUAAUCUCAUCGAUGCAAUGGUUGACCGAUCAGGACGUUUUUGUGGAGGACCAAGUUGUGUUGAAUACUAA